UUUCGUACAAUGAUUCGCAUAGGACGACUGUUUUUAUUCUGUUCUUUUAUUUUGCACAUUGCGGCAGAAAGAUGUCCGCCUGUUUUCGGUGAGUAUGAGUGCCCAGUUGGAUUUACUUGUGAAGAGAAGCAAUGCUUUGGUAGGAACAAAUCCCCAUCUACAUUCUGUUCAUUCGAGGUAGAAUGUCGAGAGGGAUUCGUUUGUUCUGAAGGAAAAUGUUAUCCAAUCACUUCAGUGAAAUGCAAUCGACACGUAUUGGUAGCUGAAGGUUCAGCUCGAAGCAUAGUCUCCGAUUGUGGAAAACAUGGAAAAUGCGUCAACGGGCAGUGCAUUUUGAAUAGAUGCCAAGGAGUUUCGUGUGACGAAGGAUCAAUGUGUCGUGAUGGAAAGUGUGAAAAAGUUCUCGAGACUUUCUGUAUUGGUCACGCGGAUUGUGGUCCAAAUAUGUUGUGUCAGCAAAAUAAAUGUCAACUCAAACCUCAAGAGCCAUUAUGUAACUGUCAGCCACAUGAAAUUUGUCAUCACGGACAAUGUUAUCCGAAUACCCAGUGCACAUCAAUUUACUGUGAACCGGGAACCUAUUGUGUAGAGGGUCAAUGUUUGAGUGCCGUCGGUAAAACGUGCCAAGAUGAUACGUGUCAUGGUGGUACUGUAUGCGUCAAUAGCGUCUGCGUGAUGAAUCCAUGCCCGGGAAGAUGUCCACAUGAUCAGGAUUGUCGUCUCGGAGAGUGUAGAAUAAUGGAAGGAAUUCCAUGUAUUGGAGAAUGCAAGCAUCCAUUUGUUUGCAUAGAUGGACGUUGCAGACGAAACGAUUGCGCUCGGAAAGUAUGCCAACUUGGUGAAUCCUGUGAAGGUGGUAACUGUGCUCGAGUUGCUGGUCGUUUUUGUACUUUGGCGAUUCGAGACUGCGGAGAACAGUUCACAUGUCAAGAGAAUAAAUGCGUGGAUCAGAUGACUGCCUUGAAGGGAUAAUUGUUUUUGAAAUUUAAAAGCUGACUUAUAACAUUCCCAUAGUAAUCGCUUUACAAUGAAAAAUGUAAUUAUGAAAUUUUUUAAAUUGAUAUAGAGAUUUUAGAAAAAUAAAAUAUUUAU